CAAAUCUUUCCUUGCACACAUCAGCUGAAGAUUACUAAUUUGUUUUGUACACAAGACGAAGACUGUCUAUUCAAUGUAAUGAAAUCUCAGGAAGAAUCUACAGGCCUUCCUACGGUAACAGUGAGAGGCUUUCUAAAUUUUAAAACGACAGUCGAUGGAACAGUGAUUGUCUUCACUCCCGUAUCGGAGAUGCAUCCGCCGUCGCCUGUAAAGAUGCAUCCUCCGUCAACUACCUCCGCACCCUCCAUGAAUAACGAAGGUCUGGAUGAAGACGUGUCGUUUGCAUCACCUCCUCAGAAUUCCAUCGAACCUCUGAAAACGCACAGUCCCAGCGAAAACGUUCUGGAAAACAAAAUGGAAGAAUCCUUUCUACCUCACAUAUCCGAUAACGCAGUCUUACCACCCCCUCCUCAUAACGAUAAAAUUAAAUCUAAAUCUUCAUCGAAUCAAUUUCCUACCGGAUUAGUGACUGUCCUAGGGAGUACAUCUGUUGACGGUAGCUCAACAGCUGUUCACGAAACUAAAGUGAUUGGCACAUACAUCGAUGGAAAGUACGCCCAAAUACUUCAGAGUACAUCCCGCGUGCUUCUCGAAUCCGAGUUGAAGACCCCACACAUGGUGAGCUAUUCUACAAUCGAUCGAAGUUACAGUACUUGGCCAGUUUCAAUAAUGAAUGACGUAUCUUCAGACGAUAGGGCAGUUUCUUUGUCAACAAACACUGAUCCCACAUCAUUUUCAGUAAAACCUACUACUGAUCCCAUAUCAUUUUCAAUAAAAGGUACUACUGAUUCCACAUCAUUUACUGUAAAAGGUACUCCAUCUACUGAUGAAUCCACUGUUUCAUCGUCGAUUGUUCUCGUGACUUCAUCAUUCGAAAUGACACCGUUGACGACUGCUACGACUCAGUCCACGAAGGUUUCUGACCCAAAGACAAUCAGCGUCCCGCUCUCCCCGACGGUUUCAAAGGAAAAGACAUUCGACGUCCCGCUCUCCCCGACGCUCACCUUGUCACAGCAGGAAAGCCUAUCAUCAAGUACAGGUCCAUCUAAAACUUUGAUUUCAUCAUCCAAAGUCAAAAAUACACCAGAACUUGAGUCUUCAGUCUUGUUGCGCUCGUCGUUCGACAUCGUGUAUUCUUCCUCUGUAGCAACGACGGAAACUUUGGAGACAGCAAAGAAGACGACCCCUUCGCUGCCACCUGUUGCUUCUAUCACUUUCUCUGAAGAUGAUAAUAUGGUUCCAACAGUCAUAAAAAGUUACAGAAAUAGUAGUACUACCUCAAGAACGAGAUUUCCAUCAUUUCGAAGACCCUCUCAGACGGUCAGAUUGAAUCGAUUCAAAGUUAAACUGAAUCUCCGUCAGGACUCGCACGAUGAUGAAAGCUUUCCUGCAGACGACGAAGACCUCGAUGAGGAACAGAUCGAGAUGGAAUCAGAGAAUGUCGCCCCCACCAUCGAUCCUGCCAAAGUAGUCUUCCAAGAGACCACCAUCACCAGUCAAGUGACGCUACACGUUGGGCGCCGAAAGUCCAUUCGUAUUCUGACCAUUACAACAUCAGUUCCCCUGACCGUGCACCCGACAGAUAUCCAGGACAUGACAUCCCUGGAGGACGAAGAGAGUGAUCCUUACCAUCACGUUGAAACGCGAACCUUUACGUCGACCGAACGAGCCUUGAAGACAUCCAUCGUGCCUGUUUACGACGGCAAAACAACGUCCUACCACAAAGUGACGGAAAGCUUUUUCAUCAUGAAGUAUAUCACAGCGUACAGAACAUUGCCGAUUGGAGGAGAGGUGACGCUCCUGGAGAACGAGCAACCAGACGACACCACUUUAGAUGCCGCCGCAGCUAAUAUACAACCCUCAGUGACUCAAUCACCACCCGAGCAAUUUUCAACCCAGCAACCGUCUGGCAACCCACCACUUUCGAAUCCCUUCUUGUCUCUCGGUCAUGCGCUGUCCAAUAAUCCACUGGCCGCUGUGUAUUUAGGGCUGCAGCAACUGAAUGCCCAAAUGACUCUUUAUUCAACCAUUACUGACACGUCGACGUACGUCACAACCGAGACGUUUUACAACACAAAAACUGUUCGUUUCUACGACGGAAGAGCGAAUAAGUUCCGCACUGUGUCUGAACCUACUUCUACGAAGAAAGUCACCAUGACCACAACUGUUACGUCUUUACAACCGUAUCUCAACACCCAAGCCUUGCAACAGCAACAACAUUUGCAGCAAUUUAUUGCGCCCACGCGACAGGAACCCCAGUUUAACACCAUUACCUCCACUUACACAACCGUCAGUACAGCUACAAGUCUCAGCACUCGCAUUUAUACCCUUAUUUAUAAUGGCUUCAGCACUAAAUUCAGAACUGUUACCAGUACAUCAACCUAUCCAACUACUGUUGUCGUAACCAGCACGACUAAAGUACCUUUGGUGGCAACGGCAGCUCCUUUUGCGUACCCGUAUUCAUCCUAGAAAUACGUUGAGGUGAUUGUGAGAUAGCCAUUCUUUACUAGAGACAAAAGUUUAACAAUUCAGAUUUGAAUAAUAAUGGUGUCUUCUGUGUUAUUUAUCGUGUGAAUAAUGUAACGGAGAGAAGUUUUGGCUAAAUGAACAGUAACCCUGUCUAACACUACAAAAUCGUUCUGGUAAAAAAAAAAAACAUCAGUUAUAUUUAUCAGGAGAAUGUAUGAGGGUACGCCUCAUUCUUCAAAGAUAAUUCAUUUACGAGAAAUACAUUGCAGAACAACAAUUUUGUGUUAUUUUUUUAUAUUAUUGCCUAACUUUUCCUUGUUGUUGCCUGGACGAGGGAGGUUUCAAAAUCCUACCGAACGAGUUAGAAUCAUUGCAUACCGAACUUCUUAGAUACAUUCGAGAAAAUUCAUUUUAGUUGAAAUUUCGAUGAAACUUGGAUGGCUGAUAACUUCUAAUUUCUCUGAACUUUCAGCAUCGUUGGCGAAAGUUGUUUGGCCUAUAUGGCGCAGAAAAGCGACCAAGUUGAAAUGAAAAAAGAAAAAAUUAUUCUGCAAAAGCGGGUAUUCAACUGCGUAGGGAGAUUGUUUUUUCAAAAUGAAUUAAUUACUAAUUUUUUUCUGAGAUUCUUUUUUUAAGAAACGAUAUGUUCUCACCUUUAGUCUACCAAACUUAUCUACAAAAUAACUUGUAUCAGUUUAUACAGAAUGUAAAGAAAUGUCAGUUUGUAAAGAAUUAUAUCUUUCACUAAAAUUUUUACUGAUGACUAA